UCAGCAACGGCAGCGACCGCAGCGGCAGCGGCUCGCCGUCGUCGCUCAAGAAGCGGAUGGACCUGCCGCCGGCCCCCAUCGACACCUACUUCACCGACAAUCGGGUGGAGGUGCCACCCGGCGACGAGGAAAAACUGUUCAGCUUCCGCAAGCUGUGGGCAUUCACGGGGCCAGGCUUCCUCAUGAGCAUCGCCUACCUGGACCCGGGAAACAUCGAGUCUGACCUGCAGUCUGGCACGGUCGCCGGCUACAGACUGCUGUGGAUGCUGCUGUCGGCCACGAUCCUGGGCCUGCUGACCCAGCGUCUGGCCGCCCGGCUGGGCGUUGUCAGCGGCAUGCACCUGGCCGAGGUGUGCUACCGCCAGUACCACCCGGUGCCGCGCAUCUUGCUCUGGAUCAUGGUGGAGAUCGCCAUCGUCGGCUCCGACAUGCAGGAGGUGAUCGGCACAUCCAUCGCGCUCUACCUGCUCUCCGACAAAAAAAUUCCAUUGUGGGGUGGAGUGUUGAUAACAAUCGCUGACACGUUUACAUUUCUGCUGGUCGACAAGUACGGCAUGAGAAAGCUCGAAGCCUUCUUCGGCUUCCUGAUCACCGUGAUGGCCCUCAUGUUCGGCUACGAGUACGUGGUGGCGGCGCCGCCUCAGGCCGACGUGGUGCGCGGCCUGUUCGUGCCGGGCUGCGCGGGCUGCGACAGCCGCUCGCUGCUGCAGGCCGUCGGCAUCAUCGGCGCCGUCAUCAUGCCGCACAACCUGUACCUCCACUCGGCGCUAGUCAAGUCUCGCAGCGUGGAUCGCACGCGCCGCUCGCGCAUUCGUGAGGCCAACUACUACUUCUUCAUCGAGUCGUGCGUCGCGCUGCUCGUGUCCUUCAUCAUCAACGUCUUCGUCGUGGCCGUGUUCGCCAAGGGCCUGUCCGGCAAGACCAACAGUGAUGUCAACCAGACCUGCGAGUCUGCUGGAAAUGCCGUCAGCUCGCUCUACCCACAGAACGACACGAACUUGGUGGAGGCCGACCUAUUCAAGGGCGGCGUCUUCCUCGGCUGCCAGUUCGGCGCCGUGUGCCUCUAUAUCUGGGCCAUCGGUAUCCUGGCCGCCGGCCAGAGCAGCACCAUGACCGGCACCUACUCCGGACAGUUCGUCAUGGAGGGCUUCCUGAACCUGACGUGGCCGAAGUGGAAGCGAGUCCUGGUCACCCGUACCAUCGCCAUUCUUCCAACAUUUUUCAUAGCUGUCUACAAGGACAUCACGGACCUGACGGGCAUGAACGACCUGCUGAACGCGCUGAUGAGCCUGCAGCUGCCGUUCGCCCUGCUGCCCACGCUGACCUUCACCAGCUCGGAGCAGGUCAUGGGGGAGUUCCGGAACGGCCCGGUCAUGAAGGUGCUGGCUAGCAUCCUGUCGGUGGUGGUGGUCGGCAUCAACGUCUACUUCGUGGUCGACUACGUGAAGAGCACGCUGCCGGCCGUGUGGUGGGUGGACCUGCUGCUGGCGCUAUACGGCUUGUUCUACAUCGGCUUCAUCGGCUACCUCACGGCGCUGCUGUACGGCGUGUUUGGCGGCCCGGGCUUCGACCGCAUCAGGACACUGGUCGUGUAUAACGACUCGUCCAAACGACACGACUGGGACGACCCAGAGGUAGAUGAGCCGGCGGCGGCGAGCGCGCCCGGAGCCAGCAGCUGGCCUGACGCGCAGUAGCCGACAACCGCGCCCGCUGGCUGCCGACGUGGCCGGCGUCGGUACCGAGACGGGGCCGAGCCGGUCGGCAGGGGCCCGGCAGACCCGGCACGUCCGGUCGUUAGACCUCCGCCGACCGCCGGGGCCGGCCGCCGUCGCCGCGGCCGCCGGCGCCCCGACGCUCGGCGUUCCCAGCUAGUCCUCGUCAACAGAUCUGCAGCAGUGAGCGCCGCCAGAAGCGGCCGGCUCGUGCAAUUGUGACGGCGCGGGCGGCGUCGGUGAGGGCGCCGGCGCCGCCCCGCCCACCGAGAGACGGCUGUGACGGCCGGCCGCGUCCGGACUGGGCGGUCGGCCGACUUCGCACCGGGGCGGGUCUCGACACCCCCUUAUUCCGCGUGAAGCAUGUCUGCGCUGGCGCAGUGCGCAGAACGCAUGGACGCUCUCGCGGCAUGCUGUCACAUUCAGCCGUGGUAAGCGAAGGCGAAAUUGCUGGCCCAAUGCGAUCGGCUGCUGUCUUUGCUCCCUGAGGUGAGCGUGAUCAGCGUGGCUGUGUGGAUGUCCAUGGCAGCUCGGUCACCUCCGCGCUCGUGAUCUGACCGUCGUGUCUGAUAAAUUGGUGCCUUGGGGAUCAACGUAUGACAGAGUGUUACAAUGAAGUGUUGUACGUCACGUCAAGCUCCCAUUGUAAUGUUGGUUUUGAUAAGGACGUGCUUACUGUUUUAGUCGCAUUUACGUGACUCUGGGGAAGAAAUACAACUGGUGCAGACAGAUUAUAUAACAUGUGAUAGAUGCGUGUGCAUAGUUGGUCCGAAUACGCAAUCAGUUACUUUCGACAUCCCAUUUAAGACUUGAAAAUAAUAUUGCCCCGCGGGCCAAGGUUUUGUUGUGUUUCUCAAACCGUACAGGUGCAGGAAAUGUGCUGGUUAAGGCUCAAGGUUUUAUGUGCGUUUACGUUACUCUGGGGAGAAAUACAUCUGGUGCCGAUUGAUUGUAUAACAUGUGAUAGACGUGUACGUGUCUUUGGUCCGAAUACACAAUCAGUUACUUUGCGCA